AUGACUUCCCCGACACAAAAACUUAGGCCGCAGAGCCCGCGCUCUCAGCUGGGGCAAGACUCUGCUGAAGAACACCCAUCGCUUGGCGACACCAAAGACAAGCAGCCAAACACUCGUCAGCAGAGAGCGACCCAGCCACCUUUUUGGCUCGGCAAAUACGCGCUGCUCAUAUUUGCCAUCGUGUUCGCAACCCUCGCGGCCUCACUCAUCGCCCUCAAAUGCGUUUCCGAUUCUAAAGACGGGUUCCCUCUCGAUUUCUCCUCUAGCGAAUAUUCCUGGACGUACGGUCCGACUGCUGUGCUCAUAAUCGUCUUGAGCUUCUGGAGACGGGUCGAUUACUAUUAUAAGGCUGCCCAGCCAUGGAGGGAACUUCUAUCUGGGCCUGUAGUCGGUUCCAGGUCGCUUCUGCUGGAUUAUGUGUCACCGCUCCAGGUCCAGAGUGUAUACCGGGCCUUCAAGUUUGGCCACUACCGUGUUUUCGCGACAAUCAUCUCAUUCUUCCUGCUCAAAGGCAUCAUCCUUGUUUCUACCACUUUAUUCGUGGUGCAACAUCCUUCUCAUGCUAUGCCAGUGGAUAUCACAUACGACAAUACCUUCGACGCUGCUAGUGCUUGGGCCUCAUUCCAUUCAUUUUCCAGGAUCAAUGAGAGCAGUAUCUCCAUAGGAGUCGGGGAAAGCGGGUGGUACCAUGGCGGCUCGGACAAGCCUGUCUAUGCGUACGUGUCUCGCCUCAGAGGCGAUGUCGUGCGUGAUUAUGCCUGGAACGCCCAAGGUGGAAUCGUAACCCAGAGGUUCGAAUCAACAGCACCGUCGCUCAACCUCACAUCGCUCACAGCCCCGAUCGACUUGUUUCUCCCGGUCGUUGACUGCGAAGAUGCAACGUUGACCAUGGAUCCUCCUACUGUUCGAGGCUCAUACUACGUGUGGAAGUCUUCGACGUGCUCAACAGGGAAGAACAAGGUCAGCCGGACUACUGAUAUACGAUACGCCAUCACAGUCGCGCACCACAACAUUUCCUCCACGGCCACGAAUGUUACUGAAGCUGUCAAACUCAACAAUCAUUCCGCCGUUGUUUGCAAGAUUGGCUACAAAAUAGUUUCGGUCACUGCAACUCAGGACAUACUCUCGCGCAAUGUGACUCUGGCCCCAGCUGCCGACCACGGAGAAGGAAGACAGUUACACAACUUGACAGAGCUUUCACUAUCCGAAAUGCUUAUGACAGAUCUCGACGUGGCGUCUUCGACUCUUGUCUACAAUGAGAAUGUCCCCCGCCUAACUAUCGAAUCUACCAAGUUGGGUUACGGUUGGACUCCCAGCGAAGCACUAUUCCAGCUGAUGGCUAUCAAGUUGGGAGGCGAGUUCCGACCUGACAUUCUUUCCGUACCGUCAACACUUAGGAAGCUGUCAGUGGAGAUUCUUGAAGGACUACUUAAUGAGAUGGCUCGUCAGUCACUGCUUGUGGCCAAAGCUACGAACAGUACCGGUGGUGGUCUCGUCAGCAGUCCACGGCUACAGAUGAGCAAUGUGGCAUUUUGGCUCAUGGUUUCAGGCUUUUCGGUCUUGUCCGUACUCUGUUUGCUUUUGAUGUUUGCAUCUUCUACGCGCCGCUGGGUAUCUGCGAUGGGUGGCUCUAUUGCUGGUCAUGCUGCCGUAUUAACUAACAAUCCUUCACUGCAGAAGAUUCUCGAAAGAUCUGGUGAACUGGACGAAAAGGGCUUGACUGAGAGAAUAGGAGAUGUGAAGUUCGCCAUGACCUGCGCCAGUAGUGAUGUUCGGGUAUAUAUAACGGAGAAGAACAGUUCUUCGGAAGACCGAGAACGUCUGAUAUCCAAGGCCAAGCCCUGGACGCCUAUAGCUGGGUCAUUGUAUUUCGCGACGGCCACUAUCGUCAUCCCCUUACUUGCAAUCGGCGCACUUGAGCUCCUUCAACAACUAUCUAAUCAAAGACAAGGCCUUUUCGACGUCAACAAAACAGACUCCUCCACCAUUUCAAUUACACGAAUCGCCACCACGGCGAUAUUCUUUCUCAUAUCAACAAUGGUCAAUAGUCUUGACUUUAUCAUCGCGACUUUUGCACCUUACAGUGUUCUACGAUCAAGAAGCGCUCCUGCUGAAACAAGUAUCUUAUUUCACUUGCUAUCCGUGUCGCCAUUCCUGAUAGUGUUCAAGUCGCUGCGGGCUCGUCAGCUAGGGCCAGCGUCUUCCAACAUUUCAUCGCUCUUGGGCAGCCUUCUCACAAUUGUCUCAUCGGGCCUCUGGACACUCACAGAGCCUGUGAAUGUCGAGAGAUCGACGACAGCAAUGGUGCUGAAUUGGCGUACAUCAUGGCCUGCCAGAAGCCAGGAUGACUCAGGUGCUGCAAAAACACUGAACCUCAUUCGGCAUGGCGGUGCAAACUCCUCAGUUGCAAUUUGGCAAGAUGUGGUUCUGCCGAGUACAAGCAUUGCAUUUCCUGAUGCUUCUAUGAUAGAUACGGGCACUCAAUCUUCCAGCUACACUUAUAGCGUCGGGGUGUUACGGCCCUUCCUGAACUGUACUGUGGUCCCGACAGAGCAUCUAGUCAUGAAUCCGUGGGUCAGGACGUAUACUUACGCCCUCGAUGGAGACCAGAUCGGGCACAAACAUAUGAAAAUCAUAUGGGCCAACUUCACCGCUCCGGUCGGCUGCAAAGGCCAUGAUGUUAACGGGAAGUCUUAUGUAUCAUUCAACACGAGUGUAGAGAUUGCGGAUAGAGAAGGAAAAUCCUAUCACGAUAGGUGGGUUGGUAGUUACUUGGAUCUCAACCUAACCGUUAGUGACCCCAGUGCUGAUUGUCCCUCCGUCGGCAUAUUCUAUGGAAAUAUGGGAGGCAAUGAUACAUCGGUAUGGAACAUGACAGCCUUGACUUGUACUCAGGGCAUCGAGCAAAUUCCUACCAACAUCACGUUCAAGGGCGACCCAGCUCUCGGGGUGAUUGACGAGAAGCAUCCUCCACUGCUAGCUCGAAAGCAAGCCCGGAAAUGGGUAAACAGCACCUCAGGGUCAUCGGCGCUUAACUACAAGUUUAAGCAUUUUCUCGAUGACCACCUGAAACUCUACCCGACUCACAACAUGACUCAGCUAAAGUCAGACUGUGAUCCUUUCUUCAAUCACAUAAUCUAUGGUCCGAAGGCGAUGAAGAAAAAGGAACUUCUCGGGCCUGAAAAUGUCAGCAACUUGAUGGACGCAGUCAAGAAGGGUUACGGCGAGUACAUGAGAUAUGUCAUUGAUCUCAACUUCCGGGCAGACCAAAAGACCGCCCGUGACGAGCUUGUCAGCGCUUUAGCCUCUCCGUCAUCAGAUAAGGAGCUAGUGUCACCUAACACGGAGAUAAACGGAACAAUGCGCCAAGUAAUCACCCGCUUUGCCAUAAACUCAACUUCCAAAACCAUUCUUCAAGUUCUACUAGCUGUCAUAGCCGUUCUGAGCCUCGCAAGCUAUCUUCUUGUCAAGAUUCGCGGUACACUUCCACGCGAUCCUUGCAGUAUCGCAAGCACGAUGGCAUUCCUGGCUGGAUCUCAGCUGUGCGAGCGAGAUUCAGGUAUCAUACGAAGAGGAGCUGAGUAUAUGACCGAUGGACAGCUGAAGAAGGCUUUUGAUGGCUGGGUGUUUAGUCUUGGGUGGUGGCAGAAAGGAGAGGCUUCGGUGGAGUCAGAAGAGCGGAGUGACGAUGCGAGAACAUCAGGAGAUGCAGAUCCUCCAAACGAGACACGGGAGGAGCAAGGAACUCUGGGAAGAUUUGGAAUCGAUGUUGGGCGCCCGAAUGUAUGCAAGUUCUAG